AUGCAAGAGCAGCAAUACCAACUUCACCACAUUCCAUUGAUGCAAUCAAGAACAUGUGGAGAGUCCAAGAGAGGAGAAGAUGAUUGGGCACUUGUAACCUUUGUUGGAGAACAAAAUCAAGACCCAAGAAAGUGUAAGAAGGCAAUGGAGAAGGUGAACAUCGAGCCAUGUGUGAAGAUGGACACCCAAACCCUUGAUCUUCUCAAGAUAAGAGAUGAUGUCACAUGGUACAUAAGGAAGCUAGGCUUGAGCAAGCUCUUCAAGCUAGAAUGUAGUGAGUACUCACAACUCACCAAGGAGUUCCUCUCUACAGUAGCUCUUGCCUUUCCCAACCACAAUGGAGACCAACCAGCUGGUGAUGGACUCCUACUCUUCAAGAUAGGCGAUGCCAAUGGGCGCAUAUCCAUCUCAGCUCUAUGCCAACUCUUUGGACUUCCCAAUGAGACAGCACAUGACUUCAAGGAGAACUCAAAGAGGAAACAAGCUGCCUUUGCUGAUUGGACACACUUUGCCAAUGAACCAUUCUUGCCUUCAAGGUCAAAGGUGUCUAGAAUCACUCAUCCAGCCAUUCGCUAUGUGCACCGCCUCAUCUCCACCACUUUCCAAUGCAAACAAGAAGCCAACAAGGUCACAACUGAUGAGUUCUACAUCCUCACCACACCAUUCAUCAAGCAUGAGUACAAGGCCAACCUUGGACUUUUACUUGCCAAGACAUUCAUCAAUGUGAGGAAGCUAGCUAAAGACUUGGAAGGCAACAAGAAGCUUUGUGUUCGUUUUGGGAGGCUUAUCACGGCCAUAGUACUGCAUGUGGGGAUUGACAUUCCCAACUAUGAGCCACUACCCAAGCCAACCCCUUUGGAUCUCCAUGCUCUUCAGCACAUCCACUUCCUAAACCGUUGGACUAAAGACCCAACUCGCCUACGCUCAGGAGUUGUCACUUUCCAGCCCAAUGAGGAAGAGUUCUAUGUUCCAUCAAGUGAGAAACCAUCAUUCCCCAUGCUCACCUAUCGCACACUUCAGCAUGCAGUCAAGACUCAACGCCGCAUCCAAGAACGCCAUGUUCUCACUACUGGCAUGGCUGCGCACCAAGCUCUAGACCGUGUUAACAAGCUGGAGAAGAUAGUGGAAUGCCAAUCUCGCUUCAUCUCGCGCCUAGUCCGCGUAGUUCGCCACAUUGCACCGGAGAGACUCUUUCGCCCUUCUUCCACCGCUAGAGAGCCAUAUGAGCCUGACCUUGGUGAGUUCUCACUAGACUCAGAGCUUGGUUCAGAAGGCGAUGACCCCAUAGAUGAGGAAGAGAGUUCUUCUCACUGCCACACAUAG